AUCGAAUACAAGGCCAUCGAACUGGAUUUUUUCGCACUUUCAGCUUGCAUUUGGGACAAGCUCUUUGAACAUUUGCUCAUUUGUUGGGAGUUCAAACCAGAGGCGACUGGUUGUUUGAAUAACCACCCCUGGGCACAACGGAGCUAUAAAAAGAAGCAUUUGCUCGUUUGCCAGAUUCAACCCUGUCUGCGCUUCAUUAGCAAUACCUGCUUGGUAGCUUCCAGACAAGUUUGAAAGUUUAAAAAUCUUUUUCUUGCUAUCCUUUCUGCCUCGCACUUCAAAGCCGCCACUCACCAGCACACCAAACGCACUGCCCACUAUGCACUCUCUCGCACCACAUCAUGGCCAGCCCUUCCUGUACCAAAAUCUGCCUCCAAAUGCCUCUCUUCACGGAAUGAAUCCACUCAGCGUGACUGCCCCCAGUCAUGCUGCUGUAACAGCGGGAAUGGGAUAUGGCGCAAAUCCUGCAACAGCCGGCGACCUCAAGUUUGCUCAACAACAGCAACAACAACACCAACAGCAGUUGGACGAGGAGGAAGUUUAUCAGCUAAUAUUGGAUUUGACGAAUCCUGCGACCAGAGAGCAGGCACUAUUGGAGCUGAGCAAGAAGAGGGAAGCAUACGAGGAUCUUGCGCCGAUACUGUGGCAUUCGUUUGGCGUUAUGGCGGCUCUGUUGCAAGAGAUCGUGUCGGUAUAUCCAAUGCUUAUGCCUCCUACGCUGACCGGACAUGCUUCAAAUCGAGUAUGCAAUGCGUUGGCCUUGUUGCAGUGUGUUGCCAGUCAUAAUGAGACGCGAGGACUCUUUCUGAAUGCGCAUAUACCCUUGUUUCUCUACCCCUUCCUUAAUACUACCAGCAAGACGCGGCCUUUUGAGUAUCUUCGUCUUACAAGUUUGGGAGUAAUCGGAGCGCUUGUAAAGCAAAAUGAUAAUUCAGAAGUGAUCAAUUUCCUGCUGUCCACGGAAAUCAUUCCUCUCUGUCUUCGGAUUAUGGAAACGGGCAGUGAAUUGUCCAAGACCGUAGCCAUAUUCAUUGUGCAGAAGAUCCUUUUGGACGACAUGGGCUUGAACUAUAUUUGUCAGACGUAUGAACGCUUCUACGCUGUUGGUACCGUCCUAUCAAACAUGGUGAAUCAGCUGGUGGGGCAACAAUCCAUCAGGCUGUUGAAGCACGUCAUUCGGUGCUAUUUGAGGCUGUCGGACAAUCCGCGUGCGAGAGAGGCCUUGCGCCAGUGCUUGCCCGAACCUUUAAGAGAUGCAACGUUUUCCCAAAUCCUGAAAGACGAUAUAACCACGAAGCGAUGCCUGGCAACCUUAUUGCUGAACCUCUCCGAUAAUGUGGCCUGACGGACGUCCCCUGCUGGCACCAUGAGCGUGGAUGGAGCCCAUAGGCAGUUGAUGGAUACCCCGAUACACUGAUAGAAAGACGAUGGUCAAGAACAAGUUCAUCUGAUACCGGAUAUGUGAGGGGCAAUUGUAUAGUUUUCGACGGUUGACUGGAGCUUCAGCCCCAGAGUGUUGGCCUUUUUUAUGUUACUUUUGUGUGGUGUGUGGAUGAUUUUGAUUCUUUUUUUUGGGGCUGGGGCAUUUUGUACUUUGUGGAGGAGCUGGAAAGUAUUUAAUAUGUCAUUUUUAUUUUGCAA